CGCGAUCGGUCGAUCUAACUACAGUCACUUGGCCGCCGGUUAUAGAUUUCUACGCGCAGAGCGAUCGGUUUAACGUGCUGAUCGACUGAUCGCGCCAAACAAAUUAAUUAUGUUUGACACCAGUCCAUGGACAGUGCGCGAUUGCCGUUUUACUGGUUUCUCUUGGAAUAUGACAGCUAUUAUUAUCCACUAGAAUUUAUUUCUAAAGUCAGUCAUCAGCUGAUCUUGGGGAGCGAAAUAUGGCUUCCACUUCUAGCAAUGUUAAGCCCACGAAGCUCGAAGAACAUGGGGACGACAGAUUGUAUGUUGCUCGGCAGGAUGGAGAUCCAGACUCUGAUGAGUCCAGUCUCGGUUGCUGCAUCUACAUCCUCAUGUUCUUCUCCAUUAUUCUCAUCAUCUGUACUUUGCCCAUCUCAGUAUGGAUGAUCUUUAAGACAGUUGCAGAGUACGAGCGAGCCAUCAUCUUCCGUGCUGGCCGCCUUCUGCCGGGCGGGCCCAAGGGGCCAGGCCUGUUCGUCAUCAUCCCCUGCAUCGAUGAGAUCCGUGUGGUGGACCUCAGGACACUUUCCUUUGAUGUUCCCCCUCAAGAGGUUCUCUCCAAGGACAGUGUGACUGUGACGGUGGAUGCCGUGGUCUAUUUUCGCGUCUCCAACCCCACCAUGGCCAUUCUGAACGUGGAGAACUACAAGCGGUCCACCGAGCUGCUGGCUGCCACCACCCUGCGUAACGUCCUGGGCACCAAGACCCUGGCUGAGGUGCUGAGCCAUCGGGAGGAGAUCAGCUCCACCCUGCAAGGGCUGCUGGAUGAGGCCACCGAUCCCUGGGGUGUCAAGGUGGAACGGGUGGAAAUUAAGGAUGUCCGUCUGCCAGUCCAGAUGCAGCGCGCAAUGGCAGCCGAGGCCGAGGCCUCUCGGGAAGCAAGGGCAAAGGUGAUCGCUGCGGAGGGUGAGCAGAACGCAUCCCGCGCCCUGAAGGAGGCGGCUGACAUCAUCGCCGAGUCGCCCAAUGCCCUCCAGCUCCGCUACCUGCAGACGCUCAACGCCAUCUCAGGCGAGAGGAACUCGACCAUCAUCUUCCCCUUGCCCAUCGAUCUCCUUUCCAGUAUGAUGAAAUAGCCUGGUAGGCUCCAUCAUGCCCAUAAGGGCACCCUUUUUAUAUUCAAUGGUUCUCAUUUCUGACCGACCCUAUUUUGGGCUCCCGAUCACGGGAAAAAAAAACUUUUUUUUUUCCUACCAACCCUGCUAAAAAGACCUAAAUCCAAAAAACUGACGUGAAAAAAAUUAGCCAGCAUGACCUCUGAAAACAAAAGCCUUGAGGACUUUGCAAACAACCAACAGCGACGGUCGGUGUUCGCGUGAACGUUCGGUAUACUGCACCUUUCCAUUGCCCACUGAGGUUCGUGCAUAGCACUUCACUAGCAACAUGGAAUUUUUUUGUAAAGGAUUUUUUUUUCCGACCGACCGACCGACCUUAUCUCAAGUGGUAAAAGAAAUGAGAACCAUAGAAUUUAAUAAGCGCGCCCUAAUGCGACAGAAGUGUGCAAAAUUACUAGAGUGUAAAGUCACUUUAUUCCGUGCAAUCCACUGGGUGCAUCACACCAAAAUGUGCUUACAAAGAAACUGAUUUGAUGAGCAGAAACAGGUUCAUCAGCCAAAAACGACAUAUCAUGCAUGUUCAACGGGGUUUGCCGCUGACUUCCGCCUGUCACAUCAGUUUUUCUGGGAGAUGUUUUCUGAUUGGCAGGUUAAUUUCAUUGGGCCCUGGUUUGUUGCAAAGAACUUUCACAGAACUUUCACUGUACUGAUAUUUACAAAGUCAUUUGUACACUAUCUGCGCAUUCUAUAGUAACCACAUUUGGUUUUUAGAAACCACUUUACUGAGGGAAAGAUUGUCAAAGAUUUGUUACCAAUAUGUUAAUUCGGUGACUUUAGUUUAUUCUGUGAAAUAGUUUGUUGAUGAGAGCUAGAAAAUCUGUUUUUGUCUACUGGGUGCUGUAAAAGAGGCAAUAUAGGGUUUGGUGGUUUGUUUGUGUCCUCAAAUGUAAAGAUUGUUUUAUUUUUGCUAUGUUCACAUAUGUAGGGCAAAUGCUGACCGGCUUCAAAUUCGUUCUACUUUAACUUUACGCUAUUUUCCUUGAAUUAAGCUUCCACGUGCAUUUUGUACUUUCUGUAAAUUAUAGUGACUUCUAUAUAGAACUCGAAAGACCUUCUUUUUCUGGCAGACUGACCUUGCCCCGACAGUGAGAAGACAUUACUGAGUUGGUACCAUACAUGUUUCGCUUGUCCAUGAAUUGACCAUCUGGGUACGUUUGUAUUAAGACAAGUUGUCGCCAGCCUGUGAUGCAUGCAGCUUUAUUUUCCCACUGAUCAGCAGGUUUCCUCUUUCUUUUUCUCCUGGCGAGUGCUGCACUGCUGUUCGCCAGGUGGACCACCCUGCAUAGACCUUGCAGAGCUUAACACUUACUCCCUUUCUCUCUGAUGUCCUCGUUGCGUGCCUGGCCAUUGGUCAGUUGAGGGAUUUGAGCGCAUGUGUAAAUCUGCCCGUGAGCAUGACACCACUCAGAUAAUUUCUUUUUCUUUCGGAUUGUGGCGCGUUGGAUCAUUGUGUAGGCUGUCACUUCUGAACUUUACAGGGCACUUUAACUUUUUUUCCUAAGGCCAAUAUUUUUGUAUUGGGUUAUGAACAUAGCAUGAAAUCUUGCAAGGUCGGAAGAAGGAAUAAAUCAAAAUCAAAUUCCAAUGUUCCAGUUUUUCCUGUAUAAUUUACAUAUCUAGGGUCAGAGGAGGGGAAAAAUGAAUUGUGUCCAUUAUUUAGUUUUUCAAAACACAAAGAAACACUGUCGUGAAUCAAAUGUUUAUUUAAAAAUUUUUUCUCUAAAUUGUAUUUGGAGUGCGGCAGAUUCGUAAUCCAAUAAUGUAAACAGAAGAAAGUUUUAUUUUGUUACUGUUUUGUGUAUUUUGGUAUGUAUUACCCAGCUAAACCAAGAAGGCUCGUUUCUAUUUUUUUUUAUUUUGUGUUUGUAAAAGCAAUUCAGUGUAGCAAUCUGACAUUCAUGAUUCUUUUUUUAAUAAAGACAAAUUUUUGGCCUUGUCUUGAUACAGUUAGCAUCAAGCAAAGACACACCUGUUUGAGUUUUCUGUGCAUGAUGUACAUGUACAGCUAAGCCAGUCAGGGUCUUUGUGUCAGCACGAACCAGUAGGGCUGUGCUGAGGAUUUGCAUUUUCAAAUAUUCCACAGAUUACUGAUGAUUUGAUUCAUUUUUCUUUGUGUCCAAAUAUUCAGAAAUGAAAAGCAUAUGUACAUAAGGUUGCUGUGACAGAGAAAUGAGCAUUCCAUUUUUGUUGCUGUAGUUGUUGAAAACUUUGCUAAAUCAUUACUUGCCAGUGUCGGUAGUUGUUAUUAAUAAACAUACAAUAAUCUUUGGUGGUAUGAUACAUUUCAGUUGAAUGGAAAUUCAAUUGAAAUGUAAAUUAAUUUAAAGGCUGACUUGUGUCAUUUUGGAGAGGAGGAAAUAUUAAUGAUGCCUUAGAACGUGGGCACAUUUUGCCACAAUUGAUAUAUUUGGACAAAAAACAAGUUUCUGCAUAAUUGUGGACAAAAAAGCUUGAAUAGAGUGGCCAAAACACCACUUUAUUUUAAUAAAAUAACCCUGCCUGUAUGUGAAAGGUGUAAAACUUAAAAAUAAAUGUAUUGUAAAAAUCUAAUUCAAAACGCAUCUGUUCUUUUUAUAAACAUGGUCAAAAGAUUUUCCCAAAGAACAGAGCUAGAUUGUGGUAUGGCAGAUGAUAUAUUUGUGUGAACAAGUGUUUGUAUUUUAUUAUUUGCUGAAAUCUGGAAGUGCUACACACAUAUGGACAACUAGAUUUUGUAUGACAGAAAUGCGUAUUGCCAACAUCUGGAAGGGCUAUUUAUCCUCUCAGUAUAUAUGCAGUCAGGUUAGGCCGGGAAGUAUGCAUACAUACGUCAGAUGGUGUAUACUGCCAACUAGGCAACUUAUAUUCUGUUAGAUUUGACACAAAGACCUCACAUAGGUACAUGUACUAAGGGAGUGACAGUUGGCCUUGUGUUCGUUGGGGUCCUCCAAUUUACAUAUGUAGGUGUCUUUACAUGAAACUUAUGAGGUUAAUACAUCUUAAGUAACUGGGUUUGAAUGGUAACACGAGUGGAAAGGUGUAAUAAGAAGUUUUAGUUGGUACAGCGUGGAUCUUUCCAGCAUAAUUCAGUCUGUGCUCCAGUGAGUUAGACUUGUUCUUGCUGACAAAAAAAGAACGCUGCCACAAGCCAAGAAUAUCACCAAAUGGUUUCAGUCUGAAGUUUGCAAGUAAUAUUUCAACUUUUCUGUAUGGUAUUUAAACUGCAAAGUCAAUCAUACCCCCCCC